UCCAAGCGGAUGAAAACAAACACUAACGAUGGCGGCGCCGGGAGUCCACCGGCCGCUGGGCUUAAGGCAGGAGUGAUCGCUUGAGCUGUAAGGGCACUCUUGCAGAGCGCCAGUCAACGUGAGUGCGACAACUCGCGCAGUCCUGGGAGUGAAACACCCGGGGCCCAUGAGCCACGAGCCUCCUGAGGCUUGAGGUAUCUAUCUGCGACCCCUGCUGUCACUGCAGUCCGGGGCGUAGAGUCCUCAGCCAGGAGGCGCAGCUGGCUGGCCCCAGGCCCCGGCCUCCGUAAUGAGAGCCCGGAGCCAAUCUCUGUGUCGCAGCUUCGCAGUGGAACGACCUGUGGAAACCGGCGAUCCAUUCUCAUUUAAUAAAUCUCUGGGAUUCUUCUGGCCUCUGUGAUCAAGGAGCACUUGGCUCUGCAGUUUUGUGCAAAGCACUGGGUUUCUACCUGCCUGUAAGACUGAGAUUCCUAUAGGCAAUGGAAACUGAUCUCAAUUCCCAGGACAGAAAGGACCUGGACAAGUUUAUUAAAUUUUUUGCCCUCAAGACUGUCCAAGUGAUUGUCCAGGCUCGACUUGGCGAGAAGAUUUGUACUCGUUCAUCUUCAUCCCCAACUGGUUCAGAUUGGUUCAAUUUAGCAAUCAAAGACAUCCCAGAGGUUACACAUGAAGCAAAAAAGGCCCUGGCGGGACAGUUGCCUGCCGUUGGGAGAUCGAUGUGUGUGGAGAUCUCACUCAAGACUUCUGAGGGAGAUUCCAUGGAGCUAGAGAUUUGGUGUCUCGAAAUGAAUGAAAAGUGUGAUAAAGAGAUUAAAGUUUCCUACACGGUGUACAACAGACUGUCGCUGCUGCUGAAGUCCCUCCUUGCCAUAACUAGGGUGACACCAGCUUACAGACUCUCCAGAAAACAGGGGCAUGAAUAUGUCAUAUUGUACAGGAUAUAUUUUGGGGAAGUUCAGCUGAAUGGCUUAGGAGAAGGUUUCCAGACAGUUCGUGUUGGGACAGUAGGCACCCCUGUGGGCACCAUCACUCUUUCUUGUGCUUACAGAAUUAACUUGGCAUUUAUGUCUACCAGGCAGUUUGAGAGGACUCCACCUAUCAUGGGGAUUAUCAUUGAUCACUUUGUGGACCGUCCCUAUCCCAGCUCCUCACCCAUGCACCCCUGUAAUUACAGAACUGCUGGUGAGGACACUGGAGUAACAUAUCCUUCUGUGGAAGAUUCUCAAGAAGUGUGUACCACCUCUUUUUCCACCUCCCCUCCGUCUCAGGUAGGGGGAAACAGGUUCUGGGGGGGUCUAUAGUUAUUUGGUAUAUAU